AUGGAGACUCCGGUGCAGAAUAAGGCCAAGGAAUCGAUGCAGAAUCAAGACGAGAUCAAGAUCGCGAGUUCGAUCACCGUCCAGGGUUUGCCGUGGGACGGUGCUUCGAGCUUCUUGCGCGGCCCGGCCCAGGCCCCGGCGCGAAUUCGCGAAGCCCUACUCAGUCCGGCGGGCAACUUGUCAGCGGAAACCGGUGUCGAUCUGGGCGCCGAUCGGCGCUGGCGAUUGGCCGAUGACUUGGUCUUGAGCAGUGAUCGCGCCCAGGUACGCCAGCAAAUCGAGCAAUCGGCCGUCGAAGUUCUGGCCGGCAGAGGCCGGCUGUUGUCGCUCGGUGGCGAUCACUCGGUCACCCACCCUUUGCUGCGCGCCCAUCGUCACAUUGGCCGGACCUCGAAGUGCUGACAUCUCGACGCUCACGCCGACCUCUACGACGAACUCGACGGCCAGCGCAACUCCCACGCCUCGCCCUUCGCCCGAGCGCUAGAAGACGGAUGCAUGAAGCGACUCGUGCAAGUCGGUGUGCGCACCCUCAACCCCCAUCAACGGCGCCAGGCCGAGCGCUUUGGUGUCGAGGUGUUGGAAAUGUGCGAUCUGCCCCGCGCCCUGCCGCGGUUUACCGGCCCGGUCUACCUGUCGAUCGAUCUCGACGUCCUCGACCCGGCCUUCGCCCCCGGCGUCUCCCACCACGAGCCCGGCGGCAUGAGCACCCGCGGCCUGUUGCGCAUCCUGCACGGUCUCGACGCCCCGGUCGUCGGCGCCGACAUUGUCGAGCUGAAUCCCGCAAGAGAUGUCCGCGGCAUCACCGCCGCGGUGGCCGGUAAAUUGCUCAAGGAAGUGUUGGCCCUGAUGCUCGCAGAUCUGCCGGGUUAG